AUGAUGAAUAGAGUAACUAAAUUCACUACCAUUUUAAACAAUUCAUAUAAAUUAUCAUUAUCAAGGUGUAAUUCAAAUUAUAAACUUUAUUCAACAACAAAUUCAAAUAAUAAUAAUAAUAAUAAUAAUAAUAAUAAUAAUAAUAUUACUGAUAGUGAAAAUAAUAAUUUUAACAAUACUACCACACUCAGCAUUUCAAAUGAAAAUGAAAGUUAUGAUCACUUUUUCCAUAAAGAGAGUCCAUUCAAUAAUAAAAUUAUAAAUUUCAAUGCUUAUGAUUUCGAUAAAAAAUUAGAAAAUAAAUGUAUUUUAGAAGAUAAACUAAAUGAUUUUUUAAAUUUAAAAUAUAUUUUAAAUAAAAUUAAAAUUUUAUCAUAUUGUGAAGAAUUUGGAGAGAAAUAUUAUGCAAGUUCAGUUUAUCAAUCAAUAUUUAUAGAAUUAAUUGAAAAGGAUAAAAUUAAAAUUAUUGAAAAAAUUAUUAAAAAUUUAUUUCAAUUAGGUAUUGGUAGAUAUGAUAUUAUGAAUAUUAAAGAUAAAUUAUUUUGGGAUAAAAUUUUAUCAAACAUUAUAGCAAAUUUAAUAUUUUUUAAUGAAAAUGUUUUAUCAACAAUUUCUAUAAAUAGUAAUAGUAAUAAUAAUAAUAAUACUAUAAAAGAAAAAUAUAAUAAAAUAAUUCAAAUUUUUAAAGAAUGUUUAAAAAAUUCACCAAAUAAAGAUUUAAAUGAAUUUGUAAUAUCAAAAUUAUUAACAUUAUAUUUAAAAGGUUCAUCAUCAUCAAUAAAUUCAGAAAAAUUUUAUUCAAUGGCAAUUAGAUGGUCAAUAGUUUCAUUAAAUUCAUUAGAAAUAUCACCUUUAAUAAUUUAUCACCAUUUUUGGAUAUUUCAUAAAAAUUAUAAAGUCGAAUCAAAUUUAAUUAAAACUUCAAAUUUCCAAUAUUGGGAUACACUUUUACAAAGAUAUGAAUUAUUAACAUUAGAUCAUCAUGAUAAUUAUGAAUCCAAUUUAAAUUUCCAAAUUGAAAAACAAAAAAUUAAAAAUAAAAUUGAAAAUGAAUUCUUUCAAGAAAAUAAUAAUAAUUAUAAUAAUAAUCCAAUUGAAUUAAUUAAUCAAAUUAAAAUUAAUGUUAAAAAUAAUUUUAUAUCACAAAUUUUUAAUGAAAAUAAUAAUAAUAAUAGUAAUUAUAAUAAUAAUAAUGAAGAAAUUGAUAAAUUAAUUGAAAAUAAAGAAAUUGAUAAAUUAAUUGAAAAAUUUAGUAAUGAACAAUUUAAAUUAAUAGAAAUUUCAAAAGGUGAUUUUAUAAUUAAAUUAUCUGAAUGUAUUAGAAGAGAAGAUCCAAUUAAACAUUGUAAAUGGGUUAUGGAAUGUGUACCAAAAACAAUGACACCACUAUUGAUUUAUAUGAAUAGUUAUGAAUUGGUAAUGUAUGAUAUUGAAAAAGGUAUUGAAAUUUUAAUGGGUAAACAGGUUUCAUCAAAAAAAGCAUUAUUUAAAUAUUCAGAAAUUCAUGAUCCAAAAUUUAAAAUUUCAGUCACAAUUGGUUUAUUAAAAAUUAAUCAAUUCAAUUUGGCAAGUCAAGUUUUAAGUUCAUUAUUAUCUGAAUUAUAUUUUAGACCAAUAAAGAAACUAUUAUCAGAAAGAACCACCCCAACAUCAACAAAAUCAGAUUACCAUUUAAAAUACUCUGAAAUCAUAUCCAUAUUAAAUCAAACUAAAUAUUUUAAUUCCUUUUUUAAUAAAUUCAUAAUAAAUUCAAAUUAUUAUAAUUAUUCAAAAGAAUUAAAAUUAUUACAAAAUAGGAAAUUUUGUAAAUUAAAUGAUUUUAAUUUUAAUUUUAUUGUAAAAAUUCAAGAAGCAAUUAAAAAUAUUAAUUCAAAUAGUGUGGGUAGUGAAAAAGAAAUUUCUAUUAAUGAAUUAGUACCAUUACCAAUUUUGAAUUUAAUAUUGUCAAAUAAGUUUAAAUCUGUCGGGAAAUCAAUGGGUGCAAAAUCAUUUUAUGAAUCUAUGAUUGUAAAGGACGAAAUUACAUUGGAUAUCGGGUUGGAGAUAUUAUCAAAACGUUAUCCAAUACCACCAAUUGAAAAUAUUUACCAUUGGGAGAGUAUAAAGAAUGAUUAUAUUAAUUUGGGUAUUCCAGUAGACCAUUUUCAUAAUUCAUUAUUAAGAAUUUUAAAAAAAAAUAAUAAUUAUGAAAAUAAUAAUAAUUUAAGUAUAAUUAAAACUUUAUAUGAAAAUAAUGUAUUCAAAAUUUAUAAUUUAUCACAAGAUUCCUUAUUAAUUUUAUUAGAAUCUUAUUUCGAUCCUAUUAAUCCAAGCAAAUCAACUAAAAGAGAUAAUGAUAUGGUUUUUCAAAUAUUUCAACAGUAUAGGUCAACUGAUAGCCUUAAUAAUUCAUUAGUAAAUUAUUUAAUUCAAUUUAAUAAUAUUAUUGGAAAUGAUGAAAUUUAUCAAUUUUUAAAGAAAAUUAAUAAUUUUAAAAUAAUUAAUGAUGAUAGACCAAUUCCACAAUAUUCAAAUUCUUUAAGUAAAAAUACAAUUUCAUAUCUUGAAUUAAUAAUAAAUGAUGAUAUUAUUAUAAAAAUAAAUAAUAAUUAA